CAAAGCCCAGGGUGCAUGGCCUCCCCCAAGUACAGUGCAGCCAGACUCUCUCGCUACAAGACUGGCCUAUGGGCCUUCCUGAGAACAUCUUGUCUGGGGUCCCUGUUCCCUGGCCGGCCUGUGAAAACCUCUGUCCCUUCUGUAAAGUUCAACAGUAAGUCCUGUAAACACCGGUUUGGAGCCCAGGGCACACCCUCUGCAAGAUUCAAAGAAAGCAGGGAGGAAAGUAAGCCGAGUGAAAGGCGUGUGGAAGCGCUUCAGGGGUGGGGCGUGUGGCUAAAGUAGUCCACAAAGGAUUAGACACUGCUGGGGAUGAGGGCAUCAUGGAGGUAAAGAAACUGUCCCCAGGCUGACAGCUAAGAAAAAGGAUGUGUUGGGAAGCGAAACCCUCUUUAAAAGGCCCUGAACUACUUCCCUUGCCCUUGUCUCUGGCAGGGCAUCUUCAGGUCCCUGUGCCUAGACAUCCAACGUUACCUGCCCGGCCAUGGCCCUGUGUCUGAAGCAGGUGUUUGCUAAGGACAAGACUUUCCGGCCCCGGAAGCGCUUCGAGCCUGGCACGCAGCGCUUUGAGCUAUAUAAGAAGGCACAAGCUUCACUCAAGUCCGGCCUGGACCUGCGGAGUGUGGUGAGGUUGCCACCUGGUGAGAGCAUCGAUGACUGGAUCGCUGUGCAUGUGGUGGACUUCUUUAAUCGUAUCAACCUCAUCUAUGGGACCAUGGCUGAGCACUGCAGUGAAACCAGCUGCCCAGUCAUGGCUGGUGGGCCCCGCUACGAGUACCGCUGGCAGGACGAGCGUCAGUACCGAAGGCCCGCCAAGCUCUCAGCGCCCCGCUAUAUGGCAUUGCUCAUGGACUGGAUCGAGGGUCUCAUCAAUGAUGAGGAUGUCUUUCCUACACGUGUUGGAGUUCCCUUCCCCAAGAACUUCCAGCAGGUCUGCACCAAGAUCCUGACGCGACUCUUCCGAGUCUUUGUCCACGUCUACAUCCACCACUUUGACAGCAUCCUCAGCAUGGGGGCGGAGGCACAUGUCAACACCUGCUAUAAGCACUUUUACUACUUCAUCCAGGAGUUCAGCCUCGUGGACCAGAGGGAACUAGAGCCGCUGAGGGAGAUGACAGAACGGAUCUGUCACUGAGUCCAGAUCUGGAUGUUGUUGCCUCUCAGGUGGACCAUCUGAACACAGUGUAGCUGGGAGAGGGGACCCUUAGGAACCUGCUGGUAGAGAAAUCUGAAAGCCUACUGAAGAGCAGGCACCCUCUAUAGACCCAACACCUCUGGACUUCUCAGAAGUCUGUCUGUGUGUCCCAGAAUGCAUGGAGAAGGGAGGACUUCAAGUGG